AUGUCUACAACGCCGAAAAUCAAUAUUAGCAUUGAUAGAGGGGGCACAUUCACAGACAUUCAUGCCUCUGUACCGGGAAAACCUGACAUUAUACUGAAAUUGCUAUCGGUUGAUCCAGCAAAUUACCAAGAUGCACCAACGGAAGGCUUCCGGGAUUUGCUGAAGAUUGGCAACCAAUCGAGACCAAAGAUCUUUGACUUAUCCGCUGCCAAGAUCGGCGUGCUUUACGAGAACGUCAUUGAGCUAGACGAAAGGAUUAUACCUUGUCCGGCCGCAUCGCAGGAUUGUCUGUAUCCGGAAUGCAGGCUGGUUGAAGGUACAACGGGAGAGAAGUUUCGGGUUCUGAGGGAACUCGACAUUCAAGAAGUGUCGAGACGUCUCACGCAGCUAUGGGAGGAUGGCUAUAGGUCGGUCGCGGUAGCUCUGUUACAUUCAUAUGCAUACCCAGAACACGAGCUUGAGGUUGGCAAGUUGGCCGUAUCGAUGGGAUUUUCCGUUGCUCUAUCCUCCAGCCUCCAGCCGAUGAUCAAGGUGGUGCCUCGAGGCAUGUCCGCUUCUGCGGACGCAUACUUGACGCCUGUUAUCAAGACCUACAUCGAUUCCAUCGAUUCAAAUUUCGAUGGUGUAGUGGGCUUCGCCGCCACAAGCUGGGAUCAGGACGACCAGGUACCGGUGAUUGGCUUCGAUAUGGGCGGGACCUCCACCGACGUGUGUCGUUUCGAUGGGACUUUCGAACAUGUUUUCGGCGCUAGCAUUGCGGGUGUUUCCAUUCAGUCGCCACAACUCAACAUCAACACUGUCGCAGCAGGCGGAGGCUCGAUACUUUCAUGGAGAAAUGGCCUCUUUAUGGUAGGCCCUGAGUCUGCAUCUGCUCAUCCUGGUCCGGCUUGCUAUCGGAAGGGAGGCCCCUUAACCGUCACAGAUGCGAACUUGUUCCUGGGACGAUUGUUGCCCGAAUACUUCCCCAAAAUCUUUGGACCCAAAGAAGACAUGCCUCUUGACAAAGACAUCACAGUGCAGAUGUUUUCCGAACUGACGACUACUAUUAACAAGGAGCAAUCGGCCAAUAAUCGGCCACUGUUGACAGCAGAUGAGGUGGCCCUUGGCUUCCUCAAUGUCGCAGAUGAGUCUAUGGCAAGACCGAUACGCAACUUGACUGAAGCCCGCGGGUUCGAGACAUCUGCCAUAACCUUGCUGCUUUCGGAGGGGCUGGGGGUCAACAUGCCUUACUCGUCGGUACUAUCGGCUUACGGUCUCGCACUCGCUGAUGUGGUCAAAGAAGCUCAGGAACCAGUGUCUAUACAGUACCGCUCGUCGCAGCAAGAUGUCAGUGCCAGAAUUGACACGCUCAUCGCAAAAUCAACGCAUGAUUUGACUUUACAAGGCUUUGACGAGGACCACAUUCGCCAUGAGAUCUACCUCAAUAUGCGAUACGAGGGAUCUGACACGAGUCUUAUGAUUCUGAAACCAGCACAAACGUGGGACUUUGCUACAGCCUUCAAAGAUCGACAUCGAAGGGAGUUUGGCUUCACGUUUGAGAAGCCACUGUUGGUUGAUGACGUUAGAGUACGCUCAAUCGCAUCAUCAGAAGGACAGAGGACGAAGAGCCCAGCUGCGCAGCUAAGGAGUGCUGGAGCGCCGGCCGCAGCACAACUCUCUACGACAAUCACCGAAGUCUGCUUCAAGGACGUCGGACGUCUCAGAACGCCCGUAUACCUGCUGAAGGAAGUACCUUCAAAUACUCGUAUUUGUGGUCCGGCAAUCAUUAUUGACGAAACGCAGACUAUCGUUGUCACACCUGGCGCCAUUGCCAACGUAUUGGAUAGCUGUCUUGUCAUUGAUCUCGUCGACGCAGAGCAGCCCAAGGAGGUCACUGUCGACGGUACAGGCACUAGCGCUGUUACUAUCGAUCCAGUUCGACUUUCAAUCUUUGGCCACCGGUUCAUGUCGAUCGCAGAGCAGAUGGGAAACACUUUACAGAAGACCUCUGUCUCGACCAAUAUCAAGGAGCGACUGGAUUUUUCUUGUGCAUUAUUCUCCCCUGACGGAGGGCUGGUAGCUAACGCUCCGCAUGUACCAGUACAUUUGGGCUCUAUGCAAUUUGCGGUUAGGUAUCAGCAUCAGCACUGGCUGGGCAGACUCAAGGACGGAGACCUGUGGCGGCACACAUUUGCCCGACAUUACCGUUGUUACACCGGUUUUCCGCCAAGCAGCCCAGAAAUUGUCUUCUACGUUGCGUCGAGGGGUCACCAUGCUGAUAUCGGCGGCGUAUUGCCUGGCUCCAUGCCACCCAAGUCCACUGAACUGUGGCAGGAAGGGGCGGCCAUACGAGCUGAGAAGAUUGUCGAGGGCGGCAAGUUCAACGAGACCCGGAUGAUCGAGCUUUUAUUGCAUGAGCCAAGCUCAAAUAGCUGCCAAUACGCGAGGCAUUCAGCUCAUCCAAGGCUGAUCACCGAAUACGGUCUGAGUUGUGUUCAAGCCUACAUGUUCGCCAUCCAGGAUACGGCAGAAACUGCCGUCCGGAACCUUUUGCGAGAGCUUCACGCCCGUUUCGGAGGCCAACCACUAGAGUCUGUGGACUAUAUGGACGAUGGCAGUCCAAUUCAAUUGAGGAUCCAGAUCGACGAAGCCAGCGGAUCUGCAACGUUUGACUUCACGGGCACGGGCUCAGAAGUAUACGGAAACACGAAUGCCCCAGUCGCCAUCACGCAUUCGGCCAUCAUCUAUUGUCUCCGCUGCAUGAUCCAAUCCGACAUCCCGCUCAACCAGGGCUGUCUUGCUCCAAUUGACAUCAAGAUUCCAGAACGCUCUCUCCUCUCGCCUUCCCGCAACGCAGCCGUGGUCGGCGGCAAUGUCUUGACCUCGCAACGCAUCACAGAUGUCAUUUUGAAAGCUUUCGGCGUCUGUGCUGCCUCUCAAGGCUGCACGAACAACUUGACGUUUGGCACGGGCGGCAAAACCGAAGCUUCCAGUGGCGAGCACAUGACCAACGGCAACGAGACAACAGCCAAGCAUGUAGAUGGCUUCGGCUACUACGAAACUAUCGCUGGUGGUGCCGGUGCAGGACCAAUCUGGGAUGGCGAGAGCGGCGUGCACACGCACAUGACUAACACAUGUAUCACGGACCCGGAAAUCCUAGAGAAGCGCUACCCCUGUGUCCUCCGUCAAUUUAGCCUCCGUGAGGGAUCGGGCGGCGCGGGUGCUCGACCUGGAGGAGAUGGUGUGGUGCGGGAAAUUGAAUUCCUUGAGCCGGUGCAAUGCUCAAUCCUGAGUGAGAGGAGAGUGCACAAGCCACAUGGAAUGUGGGGAGGUGGGAUGGGAAAGGAAGGAUUGAAUCUGUGGUUGACCAAGGAUGAGGAGACGGGGCAGGAGAGGAGGGUCAACUUGGGUGGGAAGAACACUGUCAAGAUGAACAGAGGGGAUCGCAUUGUGGUCAUGACGCCUGGUGGAGGUGCAUGGGGUGAGGAACAGCAGAGGGAUGGGAAUGGCAUAAACGGGAAAUCCGAACGAAAACACGCCAUUGAUAUAGUGUCCAAAUUGUCAUAG